CCUCCGCGGGGCAUGAUGGGGGAGUUGGAGAUUUCCAUCAUGGCGGCUUCCAUUUCGGGCUACACCUUCAGCGCCGUGUGUUUCCACAGUGCCAACAGCAACGCGGAUCACGAAGGAUUUUUGCUGGGAGAGGUAAGACAAGAGGAAACUUUUAGCAUUAGUGACUCACAAAUCAGCAACACAGAAUUUCUGCAAGUAGUUGAAAUCCAUAACCAUCAGCCCUGUUCAAAACUUUUUAGUUUUUAUGACUAUGCAAGCAAAGUUAAUGAAGAGAGUUUGGACCGAAUUCUUAAAGAUCGGAGAAAGAGAGUUAUUGGGUGGUACAGAUUCCGGCGAAACACACAGCAACAGAUGUCCUACAGAGAGCAGGUCAUCCACAAGCAACUGACACGCAUCCUCGGCGUGCCAGACCUCGUCUUUCUUCUGUUCAGCUUCAUCUCUACCGCCAACAAUUCCACUCAUGCUUUAGAAUAUGUUCUCUUUAGACCAAAUCGCAGGUAUAAUCAAAGGAUAUCACUUGCUAUUCCCAAUCUAGGCAACACUAGCCAGCAAGAGUACAAAGUGUCUUCAGUGCCAAAUACUUCCCAGAGUUAUGCCAAAGUUAUUAAAGAACAUGGUACUGAUUUUUUUGACAAGGAUGGAGUCAUGAAAGACAUCAGGGCGAUUUAUCAGGUUUAUAAUGCACUUCAGGAGAAAGUGCAGGCAGUGUGUGCAGACGUAGAGAAGAGUGAGCGAGUUGUUGAAUCUUGUCAAGCAGAAGUGAACAAACUACGAAGACAAAUCACUCAGAGGAAGAAUGAAAAGGAGCAAGAAAGAAGAUUGCAGCAGGCCACGGUAAGCAGACAGGUGCCAUCUGAAAGUCUGGAGCCAACCUUCAGUUCUCGGCUGUCCUAUUCUGGGUGUGCAGCCGAGGGCAGGAGUGCACUAGCAGACACCGAGCCCUCUGAUCCUCCUCCCCCUUACUCUGAUUUUCACCCAAACAAUCAAGAAAGUACUCUGAGCCAUUCUCACAUAGAAAGGAGUGUCUUCAUGCCUCGGCCUCAAGCCGUGGGCUCUUCCAACUAUGCUUCCACCAGUGCUGGACUGAAGUAUCCUGGAAGUGGAGCAGAUCUUCCUCCUUCCCAAAGAGCAACCGGAGACAGUGGUGAGGAGUCAGAUGACAGUGAUUAUGAAAAUUUGAUUGACCCUGCAGAGGCCCCUCAUAGUGAAUCCUCACAUCCGAAGGAUUCGCAGCCUGUGACACAUCCCGAUGAGGACCCCAGGAACACUCAGACCUCCCAGAUCUAAGUAAACAGAGGACACGCUCCACUUGGCACUGUUUUCCUUAAUGGCUUGUUGAGAGGGAGUUUGUUGUGGACUUAACCUGAGGAGAGAACUUCUUUCUCCCAGAGUCUGGGGCUCCCGAGAGGAGCGCCCUGUGCACAGAACUUCAGGGCCCUCUGCUGGCCCUCACCUGUGUAUGCAGUGCACGGGUUUCACAACAGAAUCAUUGAGAUAAUCAAAUUGCCCUAAUUCUGGUGCGAUUCAUGGAUGUGCUGGUCAAUUUAGGCGAAAUGAAACUUACCAGUGUAGUUUCUGUUCUUUAAAAAUAAAUUGGAAAUUAGAGACUAAGCACAAUUAGUCUUUAAAUAUUCUAGAAAUCAAAAACUUACCUCUUGCACUAUCAUGCCUUGAAAUUUGCUUUUUCAAAGGGAAAUGAGUUUAGCAACAGCCUUCAAAGAACUUCUUUCUAUGAUGAGCCAAAUUCAUGUUUGCCAGAAAAGAAAUUUUGUUAAAUCCAAGAAGCCUGAUUGAAACAAGUCCCGUCUGCGUGGCUUGCGAGAGUGAAGAGGGCUUCGUUUCCGCUCUUUUCUACUAGCCUGAUCUCUAUUGUCACUGCAAAUGAUUGCCUUUAAAAGAAUGUAGAAAUACUAGUUACCAGUAAGUAAUCAUCCAAACAAAGUAUGUCAUGAAAUAAGUUAGUUACUUUGCUUUUGGUGGGUGACGGUGACUGCCGCACUGCCCUCACACAUUUUGGCCUCUGUUCUGGAGUCUUCAAGGAAGGACAUGACACGCACAGUGGCUAGCAAAGAGGGACACACCAGACCCGAGCUAUGUGAGGAGCAGAUUCUAAACAGUGAGCUUAGCUGAGUUUCUAUGUAAGGGAUAUAAGGCAUUUAGGUCUGAGAGGUCCUAGUGUUUUACUUGUAGAGGAAAGACAUUUAAUAAGCCAAUUGGGAACAUUGGUGAAGAAAGAUGCACUUCAAGUCCAAAUAACCAUAUAUUUUUAAGCUGCCAUUUUGGGGAUAAUUGCAGAUAUGUAGAAACCGUGGGAGUGCAGUUGUGUUUUAUUUAAUUACUGCUUAUUUUCUGGUUUUGCCCAGAAUGUGUGAACCACUAAAACAUUUAUGAGGAUGUUGUGCUCCCAGUUUGGAAAUGGUAAGAUGGUUUAUAUGAGGUUGACCCAUGAAGUUGUUUCUUGCACAUUAACUGCCUUUCCUUGGACUAGUUAAAACCUGUAAGAAUAAGGAAGUCAUUAAAAGGCUUAAAAUCCGGUUCCAGUAGAGUCAUUUCAUUUUAUAGAGAGGUGUUUUCUCAUGAGCUGCAGCUCCACUCCUAAAUCAGACAAUAUAAUAUGGAUUUCAAAGUGAGAUGCUGAAUCUGCCAUGCUUGGGUGUAUGCUCUGUGGGGUCUGUAUUGUAUCCUCUGUCCUGGUUUUGCUGGUCUUACUACCACUGCCAUUUGAUCUUAAAUGUUGUGGGUCACUUUAUCUGCAGACGUGUUGAGUUUUUAUCAGCUACCUACUAGGGGCUUCAGCACCAGUAUGAAUUUCAGUUUUUUAAAGUGCCAUUGCCAUCUCCUCUGUCCAGAUUUGACAGGAAAAUAUUUUUAUUUUUAUGCCAUACUAAAAUCUACAAUGUGUAUCUGAAAAGCAGUUAAAUGUGACAAUAAAAACUUAUUUAAUCAUGACAUCAUUGCUUUAAUGUCCACCUCAGCACCAGACAAGGUCUCACCUCCGUAGUGCUUCCCUGUGGGUAGUAUGGGGGCCUGGGUCUCAAAGGAAGGCAGCUGAGCACAGGCCAGAGGAGCGAGCCAGGAAGCAGCAUACUCCGUGCUCGGUGCUUCAGCUCCAUCCUCCAGGUUCCUGCCCUGACUCCCUGGAUGUUGGAUUGUGACCUAGGAGUUGUAAGCUGAAAUAAACCUUUCCCCAAGUU